UUGGUUUCUGCGGGCGCCUCGGGCGAGGCCGACGUCGGGAAGAUGCCGGGCAAGCUGAAGGUGAAAAUCGUGGCCGGGCGCCAUUUGCCAGUGAUGGACCGAGCUAGUGACCUGACUGAUGCCUUCGUGGAGGUAAAAUUUGGAAAUACGACUUUUAAAACAGAUGUCUAUCAUAAGUCACUUAACCCUCAGUGGAACUCUGAAUGGUUUAAAUUUGAGGUGGAUGAUGAAGAUUUACAAGAUGAACCUCUCCAGAUCACAGUCCUUGACCAUGACACUUACAGUGCAAAUGAUGCCAUUGGUAAAGUGUACAUUGACAUUGACCCUCUGCUCUAUAGUGAAGCUGCGACGGUCAUCUCAGGAUGGUUCCCAAUUUAUGACACUAUACAUGGUAUUCGUGGGGAAAUCAAUGUAGUUGUCAAAGUAGACCUCUUUAAUGAUUUAAACCGAUUUAGGCAAUCUUCAUGUGGAGUCAAAUUCUUUUGUACAACAUCUAUUCCAAAGUGCUAUAGAGCCGUGAUAAUUCAUGGAUUUGUAGAAGAACUCGUGGUCAAUGAAGACCCUGAAUAUCAAUGGAUUGAUCGAAUUCGCACACCAAGGGCAUCAAAUGAGGCCAGGCAGAGACUCAUUUCUUUAAUGUCAGGUGAACUACAGAGGAAGAUUGGCCUGAAAGUACUUGAAAUGAGAGGAAAUGCAGUGGUUGGGUACUUACAGUGUUUUGACCUUGAAGGCGAGUCUGGGUUAGUGGUACGAGCCAUAGGAACAGCAUGCACACUGGAUAAACUCAGUAGCCCAGCAGCAUUCCUUCCUGCAUGUAAUUCCCCAUCCAAAGAAAUGAAGGAGAUUCCCUUCAAUGAAGAUCCUAACCCCAAUACUCACUCAUCAGGACCCUCAACCCCUCUGAAAAACCAAACUUAUUCCUUUUCACCUUCCAAGUCCUACAGCCGACAGUCCUCCUCUUCUGACACAGACUUGAGUUUGACACCCAAAACUGCAUCUUACUCACAGGGUCCUAGGAGUUACCUGUGCCCCACCUACCCCCCUUUCUCUUGUGGUUCCUUUCAUCUUAAAAAGUCCUGUCUUCUCCUCUCGGAAUCUAGCCUUACCCCUCCUCACUGUAGUCCUGUCAGCCCCGUGCUGAGGAAAAGUGUUUCUUUCAGUGAAGAGCUGUUCCUGGCUGCUUCUGGAAUGGGAAGUGGGAGUGCUGGAAAAGAAGGGGGGCCCUUUAAAGGUCUUUUAAGACAACAGACUCAGUCAGCGUUGGAACAAAGGGAAUUUCCAUUUUUCACCCUGACGGCAUUUCCUCCUGGAUUUCUUGUGCAUGUUGGGGGUGUUGUUAGUGCACGCUCGGUGAAGCUUUUGGAUCGGAUCCACAAUCCUGAUGAACCAGAAACUCGAGAUGCGUGGUGGGCUGAAAUCAGACAAGAAAUAAAAUCACAUGCUAAGGCUUUAGGCUGCCAUGCUGUAGUGGGCUACAGUGAAUCAACCAGCAUCUGUGAAGAGGUCUGUAUUUUGUCUGCAUCCGGGACGGCAGCUGUGCUGAACCCUAGAUUUCUACAGGAUGGGACCGUGGAGGGCUGUUUGGAACAGAGGCUAGAAGAAAAUUUGCCUGCAGGCUGUGGAUUUUGCCAUAUCCCAUAUGAUGAACUAAAUAUGCCUUUUCCAGCACAUCUGACAUAUUGCUAUAACUGCAGGAAACAAAAAGUUCCUGAUGUUCUCUUUACAACUAUAGAUCUCCCAAUGGAUGCAACAGUUAUUGGAAAAGGUUGUCUUAUUCAAGCAAGAUUAUGUCGAUUGAAAAAGAAAGCACAGGCCGAAGCAAAUGCUACAGCCAUCAGCAAUCUGUUGCCAUUCAUGGAAUAUGAAGUACACACUCAGUUAAUGAAUAAACUAAAGCUCAAAGGAAUGAAUGCCUUGUUUGGACUGAGAAUUCAGAUCUCAGUGGGUGAAAAUAUGUUGAUGGGUUUAGCUUCUGCCACAGGUGUGUAUUUAGCAGCUUUACCAACACCUGGUGGUAUUCAGAUUGCGGGGAAGACCCCUAAUGAUGGCUCCUAUGAACAGCAUAUCUCUCAUAUGCAAAAGAAAAUAAAUGACACAAUUGCUAAGAACAAGGAGUUAUAUGAAAUCAAUCCUCCAGAAAUAUCUGAAGAGCUUAUAGGAUCUCCCAUUCCAGAACCUAGGCAACGUUCAAGACUUUUAAGAUCUCAAUCAGAAAGCUCUGAUGAAGUUAUGGAAUUAGACCUUUCACAUGGAAAGAAGGAUGCCUUUGUGUUGGAGAUUGAUGACACAGAUGCCAUGGAAGAUGUGCAUUCCCUGCUCACUGAUGUUCCUCCACCAUCAGGUUUUUAUAGUUGCAAUACUGAAAUUAUGCCUGGUAUAAAUAAUUGGACAUCUGAAAUACAGAUGUUCACUUCAGUAAGAGUAAUCAGAUUAAGCAGUCUUAACCUGACGAAUCAAGCUCUUAACAAGAACUUUAAUGAUCUCUGUGAAAAUUUGCUCAAGAGCCUCUAUUUUAAACUACGAUCUAUGAUCCCCUGCUGCCUUUGCCAUGUAAAUUUUACAGUUUCUCUCCCUGAAGAUGAAUUAAUUCAGGUUACAGUCACAGCAGUGGCAAUAACUUUUGAUAAAAAUCAAGCUUUACAGACCACAAAAACCCACGUUGAAAAGUCUUUGCAAAGAGCUUCUACAGACAAUGAAGAACUCCUGCAGUUUCCCUUGGAACUCUGUUCAGAUUCACUUCCUCCUCAUCCUUUCCCACCAGUGAAAGAACACCUGGAGAGUGCAAGUUCUAACUCAGGUAUACCAGCUGCACAGAGAGCAACGUCAGUUGAUUACAGUUCCUUUGCAGACAGAUGCAGCAGCUGGAUAGAGCUCAUUAAACUGAAAGCUCAGACCAUAAGGCGCGGAUCAAUUAAGACAACUGUGACAGUGGAAAAGGCAAGCCCAAUGGGGGAAGGAAAUUUCCGGAAUCGAGCAGGUCCAUCUUGUGCCAAUUCUACAGUGGGAGUUGUUAAGAUGACGCCGCUUUCUUUCAUUCCUGGAGCAAAAAUAACUAAAUACCUUGGAAUAAUUAACAUGUUUUUUAUUCGAGAAACCACUUCUCUUCGUGAGGAAGGAGGUGUCAGUGGCUUUCUCCAUGCCUUCAUUGCCGAAGUGUUUGCAAUGGUGAGAGCUCAUGUCGCUGCAUUAGGAGGGAAUGCUGUUGUCUCCUACAUAAUGAAGCAGUGUGUCUUCAUGGAGAAUCCAAAUAAAAACCAGGCACAGUGUCUUAUAAAUGUGAGUGGUGAUGCAGUGGUUUUUGUGCGUGAAUCUGAGUCAGAAGUGGUCCCAACUCAGCACCCGACUGCCAACUGCCAGCCUGCGUGUCCUGGAGGGGAAGUCACAACCUGAAGGAAAUUAGGAAGGAAGAGCUCCGCUAAAGGGAAACUCAGCUGCUUCCAUGGUUUGGUCAUGACUGUCUUCCUAGACUUAAAAACUUGAACUGCAUUUGAGGUACUUCAGAAAGACUUGAUACAGCACGAGAAAAUUUGAUUUGUUUGGAAUCACUUAGAGGCGAGGCAGGAGAUGUUUGCAUCUUUUCUUCGGUUUGCCUAGGAAAUCUUGAUCCUUCCAUAAAAUCAACUCAGAGCAUUGGGCUUCACAAAGAUGAAAGCUGCUUAUAAUAUAUGCUGAUUUUAAUACAAUCAUAAUUUAGAUGGUGAAAAAGAAAGAUUAUAAGGAAGGUAGACUAGCUUCCCUAUUGUAAUUUUGAAAAGUUAAGCAAGAGAUUCAGUUUGUUAGUAAAUAACCUAAUUUGAGGAAUGUGUGGAGAAAACUUUCAAGAAUACUACAUAGGUUUCUUAAUUUCUUUGGAUGAGAUUGGUACCAACUGAAAAUUAAAAAUAAUUCAACCAUCUUUUGAAAGGAAUCUAAAAUCUUGAAGUUUUAUGCAUAAUAUGUCCUUACUACUGUAAAGGAAAAGUAAUUUAUCAGAACUGGUAUCUUUUUAUUGUGAGUUUUAAUAAUGUCUUGGGAGGAAGAGAGGGGGGUAAAAAUUGCUAUAUAAUUUCUUUACUGGUCAAAUUUUAGUUAAUAUUUAAUUUUUCUAGAAGGUUCCUGGCUUUAAUUGGGAGGAACAGAUCAAUGAAUUUUGAUAAUAGUUAAAAUACGUUGAUCUAGUGGGAAAAUAAAAUAAUUUUCUAGUAAAACUCAAUUGCACUCCUACCAAAUAAACAGAAUACUAGUAAUGUCUGAGAGAUUUCUCAAUAGUGAUUUAGCUGUAUGUGGCAUAGAAUUUGGAAAUGUAACUUGAAUGUAAAUAUGCUGCAAACGGUUGAAUGCAUACCUAGAAAUACUUUUUCUGUCAAUGCCAAAUACCUAUUGUAAAUGAACCUUAACAAUCACAUUCCUCCUUUGAACAAUAAAAUUUCUUUAUAAAACUCCUAAUUUUGCUCUUUCACGAUAAACUGCCCAAAAGAUUAGGAAUAAUUUCCUUGUUAUCACAGGUGUCAAUAUUUUUCUGUAUUUUGUGUAUAAUUUUAUUUUUUAAAUAAAAGGUUUAUAAAAACUA